AUGACCAAGGAAAAUGAAGCCAAGAGGCAGAAAACCUCUCAACCAAAAGCGAAGAAGCAAUUGAUUAUCAAUGCUUUCAUGUCAGGCUCUUCGGGUAACCAAUCGCCAGGACUGUGGUCGUACCCUGGAGACAAAUCAACAGAGUAUACUACCCUAGAUUACUGGGUGGAGUUAGCUCAAAAGCUGGAAAAGGCCAAAUUCCAUUCUAUCUUCAUUGCCGAUGUUCUGGGUGGAUAUGACGUUUACAAUGGACCUGGAAACUACAGUGCUGCUGCAAAAUCUGGUGCCCAAUUUCCAAUGAUUGAACCAAGUGCUGCAGUUACUGCCAUGGCUGCUGCUACCAAGUCAAUAACGUUCGGAGUGACUUUUUCCACUAUAAGUGAGGCACCUUAUCAUUUUGCAAGAAGAUUGGGAACUUUAGAUCUGCUGACAAACGGAAGAGUCGGCUGGAAUAUCGUCUCUUCGUAUCUUGACAGUGCCGCCAGAAAUCUUUUGAAUGGAGAACCACUCCCUCUCCAUGCAGACCGUUAUAAGAGAGCCGAAGAAUUCCUACAAGUUGUAUAUCGGUUAUUCCUUUCUUCAUGGAGAGACGAUGCUUAUAAAUUGGAUAAGAAAACCAGAACCUUUGCUGACCCAAAACUUAUUAGAACUAUCGACCACGUUGGAGAGUUCUUCAAUGUCCCAGGCCCCCAGUUCCUACCACCCACUCCUCAGAGACUACCGCUGAUUUUGCAGGCUGGUACUUCCAAGGUUGGUAUGGAUUAUGCUGCAAAACAUGCAGAGGUUGUCUUUUUAGCUUCAUUUGACCCAGAGUCACUCCAAGAAAAAAUCAAAACAGUGAGAGAUAUCGCUGAAACCAAGUACAACAGACCAAGAGAUUCAAUCAAAUUCUUAAUUUUGAUAACAGUAGUCAUAGCUGAUACACACGAAGAUGCCGUGAAGAGAUACGAAGAUCUCGCCAGUUAUGCUGAUCUGGAAGGGGCCCAAGCACUGUUCAGUGGUUGGACUGGAAUAGAUAUUGGAAAGUAUGGUGAAGAUGAACCUCUUGAGCAUGUGGAAUCUAACGCUAUUAAGAGCCAUGUUAAGAACUGGACUAAGUUCAAGGACAAUAAGCCUAGAGCCAGAAAAGAUAUCGCUAAACAGAUUGGAGUUGGAGGCUCAGGUCCCUUACUUGUUGGAUCUGUACAAGAGAUAGCCGACGAGCUUGAGAGAUGGGCAGAAGUCUCUGACCUCGAUGGCUUUAACUUCGCUUACGCAGAUUACCCCCAAACUUUUGAUGAUAUCAUUGAAAAACUGCUUCCAGAGUUGAACAAGAGAGGUGUGUUCUGGGAUGAUUAUAAAAUUCCAGGUGGAACCUUCAGAGAGAGCGUGUUUGGAAGAAAGUUCGUUGAUAAGGAUCAUCCUGCUUAUGAUCUGAGAUGGAGAAGUGACCAAACUAGGGAGGAGUUUGAAAAGAAACUGGCUGAAUUGGAGAAAAAAUAA